GGAACAUGGUAAAAUGCCUGAUAUGAACGCUCUUUUUGGCCAAAAUAUGCUUCAAGAUCCACAAGAUAUUGAGAAUGCUCAAUCCUUCCAGGAUUUGUUUUCUGAAUACAUGGCAAAAAUUCAAAAGAGGAAGGCUAUUAGCAUGGGAUUUGCUUCUGGAGUAAUCUCUUUGCUCACUUCACCUCUCCUGACGCUUGGAAUGAUCAAGCAGUUAUCCAUUCCAAAUGGAUAUUACAAAACCUAUAACGACUUCAAGUCUACAAAAGCUCAAGGAAGUUUUCAAAGAGUUAAAAAUGAUUCCCAAGGAGCUGGAAAUGCUGCAAAAUAUGGAGCUAGAAGGGUAGAUCUACCUUAUAAGCCUAUCAAUGUCAACACAUAUAUGGAGGCUACACACGCACUUAUGAGACAAGGACUUACCUCUUUCUUCAAAGGAAAUGGCAUCAGAUGACUACAUAUGUGCCUCUUCCAGUAUAUUAGAACUGAUCUCUCCCUCAGGAUCGAUCAAAUGUACGGACAAGAUAAAGAGCACGAGAACUAUGUCUUGAACCUCCUCAAAAAUGCUCCUUUACUCAAAGAAUUCCUUGUUGCUUCAGCUGCAGAUUUUGUUCUUCAUCCUCUUCACUGAGCAGAGGCAAGAUUUGUGCUUCAACACAGAUCAAUGAACUUCUGUGUUUACCCUACUCUAUUCUCGUUCUUCAAGUCUUCAUACGGGGAGAUGUGGAGAGGUAUUCUACUUCAUGCUCCAAAGAACAUGUUGCUUGCACUAACUGGAGUUUCGUUCAUAAAUUCUUCUAACUGGAUUAUGUACUGAAUUCCCUUCCUUGUGUAUCCAUUCCUUACCAUCCAGAGAAGGAUCGAAUGCCAAAGCAUCAAGAAGGGCAUGCUCCAAACCAAAUACAGAGGAUUCUUUAGCGGAAUGUACCAAAUUCUCAAGAAUGAAGGUCCUUUGUCUCUUUACAGAGGAUUUCCUGCUUUCUUUUUGGCAACAACACUUUGGAUGCUCUGCGUCCCUUCAAUUUCAAAUUGGUACAUGGAAAACUCUCCUUGGGCUAACCAAGAAACCAGAGAUAUUAAAUUCAGAGAUGAAAUGGACCCUGCAAGAAGGUAUGAAGAGUACGAAGAUGAUGAUAUUGAUGAUGAGGAUCUCCGUGCUGCAGCCAAGAGCCAAUAAACCAUUUAUUUCAAUCACUGGGAAACAUUUC